AUGAAUAUGUUGGAUGAUGAAGAUGACCAAAGCUUUCACGCUACGCGUGACGGCUACUCCCAUUUGAGCAAUGUUGAAUGGGAUGCGGUUGAACGGAUGGGUUCGACCAAAGGCACCCAUGCUGUUAGCGUCAUGCUAGAGGCUCUCAAUAGAGAUGCCCAACAUGCAACUAUCGCCAAGUUCAUUCAAAAUGAACUUGACGCUGAAUGCGAGAAAGUAGCCUUGCUUCACCAACAAGGUUCUCAACAAGCAGAGUUGUUGAGACAGCAGCAGGCUGCUGCUGGUGGGUCGAUGCACUCGCGUCGACCCGAGACCUUGAAGAUUGACAUCUCCAAGUAUAGGAGGGUCGAAGAAGACUCCCUCUUGAGAUGGUUCGUCGAAUUGGAUGACGCCAUAAGGGCGCGUCGCAUCGACGACGGGGAUAUGCAAGUUGCAUUUGCCCAGUCAAAUCUGGCAGGACGUGCCAAGACUUGGGCACUGGGGAUCAAGUCGCACGACCCAUAUGCGUUUGGGUCGUUGGAAGGCUUCAAGUCGCGGCUCAGACAAACGUUUGAACCGCCUAGAGCUGAGUUCAGGGCUCGAACUGAACUCUUGAAGCUCAGACAAGGUAAGCGUGAUGUGCACGCUUACGCGCAACAUAUACGACAUCUCACGAGUUGUAUAAGUUCCAAUCCGGUGGAUGAACACACGUUGGUUUCGGUGUUCUUGCAGGGUCUUGCGGAUGGUCCCGUCAAGACUCACCUGUUCCGGCUUGAACUAGAUUCACUAUAA